UCCUGUGCGACAGGUUGAGUCACGUAGGUAAGGGCGUGCCCCGAACAAACAGUCCAACUUAUGAUUCAACAGCGGCCGUACUUAUUACACGCAGACUAGAACCGAAACAACGUGCAACAUUACAAGAUGAGGGAUUGACGCUUUCAUCGUGUGUGUGAAACUUUUUUUGUGAGAUACAGACAAUUGGACGUUUGGUGGAAACCCAGGCGGAGUAGACAACGCUGUUUGUCGGCAGGAUAGAUACAAACUUUGUUCACAACAUGUUGCUGAGGAUAGCGAUGAUCCUGCCCGUGGUGUUACAGGUGUACCGAGUUCAACAGGUGGUCGCAGGCGACCACAAGAACUCUGCGGGCUCUCUAUGCCAGUGCCCCGAACACGCCAACAUGACCACGGCCCCGGGCUUCGAGAAACGUCACAGGGUCAGGAGAAUCUUACAAGUGGACACCACCGCAAUGGCAGAAAUAGGAGGAACCACCGAUCGCAUGUCGACGCUUUUUGAAGAGGAUACAACGGCAGGGAUAUCCACUGUCAUGCCUACCACUGAGGCGCUUGAACCGACUUCCGAAAUGGUAACAACCGAGGCAACAUCAGUAGCCCGUACAACCCAAGGGUCUACAACGCUGUUGGAAACAACGCAUACAACUGCAGUGGCUGAAACCACAACAGAAUCUCCACAAGCCUCAACUGAAGUAUCUACGACUCAAAGCAUAAGGACAGAACAACCAACAACAGAACAACGGACAACAAUAUCACCUACAACUACCCCCACCGUAGUCACAGACACAUCAACGGGGAUAUCCACCUUUAUACCUACUACCUUCAACCCAUCCACUGAGGGAUCAACAACCACUGAACCUCAGACAACAUCAAAGACGACAGCUCCUUCCAGCACAUCGGUUGCGAGUACAGCCGAGAGAACAACAGCACCAACCGGACAAACUACAACUACGACGGACACUUUGACAACUGACAUUACCUUCACAACGCCGCACAAAACCACAGACAAAACGGCAGGACCAACCACGACGUCCCCAGACAGAACCGAAGAGUUUUCCACAGUUUUGCCCAGUGAAGAAAUAAGCACUACCGAAACGACAACAACUGAAAGGGCUACAACGAACAUAGUUACAACACAACGAGCCACAACAACAACGCAGCAAUCGACUUCUACUACGGACGUCUCCAUCGGCAUGACGACAGACGGACACACUACUUCCGCCACUGGAAUCACGACAGGAACGCCACCUCAAACAGUGACGGAAAUUUCCACUGGCGCGCCUUCCAGUCAGGCAACACCAACCACUACACCCGAGACAACAACGGAGGCAACGGCAUCUCUCAGUACCAUGGACACAACCACACCUGAAAUAAGUCAAGGUACAACGAAGCAGGAUACAACUGUGGUGACUACAGCUGCUACAACACCAGGGGUAACAGCCAGAACUACUGAAGUUACAACAUCAGAGAAUGGGGAAACGACAGCACAAGCUACGGCCGAGACCCCAACUGUUCUGACAACAGAGAAGGCUUCAGCUGCCGCCACUACAACUGCUACAACCUCACAAGUAACAACUCAAACAACCACAGUUCCUACAACAAAGAAAGAUACAACUUUGGUGACAACAGCUUCUACGGCACCAGAAGUAACAGCCCGAACCACUGAAGUUACAUCAGAGAAGGGGACAACGAGAGCACAAGCUACAGCCCAGACCCCAACUGUUCUGACAACAGAAAAGGCAUCAGCUACCGCCACUACAUCUGCUACAACCUCACAAGCAACAACUCAAGCAACCACAGUUCCUACAACAAAGAAGGAUACAACUUUGGUGACAACAGCUUCUACGACACCACGUGUAACAACACAAUUCACUGUACUUGCUACAAUAGAGACAACAAUGCCCCCGGCAACAACCCAUGCCUCAACUGUUCUGACAACAGAGAAGGGAACAACUGUGGCGACUACGGUUGCCACAACGCCACGUGUAACAACUCCAUUCUCUACAGCUUCAACAACCGAGGAAGGCACAGCUGUGAUGACAACAGUUAAUACAACACCACAGGCAACAACUCAAACCUCUAAAGUUCCAACCUCAGAGAGGGAAACAACUGUGGCGACUACAGCUGUUACAACACCACGAGUAACAACUCCAUCCUCUACAGCUUCAACAACCGAGGAAGGCACAACUGUGAUGACAACAGCUUCUACGAAACCACAGGCAACAACUCAAACCUCAAAAGUUCCAACCUCAGAGAGGGAAACAACUGUGGCGACAACAGCUGCUACAACACCACGAGUAACAACUCCAUCCUCUACAGCUUCAACAACCGAGGGAGGCACAGCUGCGAUGACAACAGUUAAUACAACACCACAGGCAACAACCCAAACCUCAAAAGUUCCAACCGCAGAGAGGAAAACAACUGUGGUGACAACAGCCGGAGUAACAACGGGAGCUGCUACAGUUCCUACAACAGAGACGAAAACAACUCUGUUGACUACAACUGUUGCAAAACCACAAGUAACAACUCAACCCACUACAGUUUCAACACCAGAGAAAGAUACAACUGUGGCGACUACGACUGCGACAACACCACAAGAAACAACACAGGCGGAUACAGUUCCAAGUACAGAUAUGUACACAGCUACAACGAACAUAGUGACAACGCGGCAAAGCACAACAACGCAGCAAUCGACAUCUUCUACCACGGGCGUCUCCACCGACAUGACAACAGACGGACAAAUUACUUCCGCCGCUGAAAUCACGACGACAGAAACGUCACCUCAAACAGCGACGGAAAUCUCCACUGGCGCGCCUUCCAGUCAGGCAACACCAACCACUACACUCCAGACAACAAAGGAGGCAAAGGUAUCUCUCAGUACCAUGGACACAGCCACACCUGAAAUAAGUACUGCGCCAGCUACAAGUCAAGACGGGGACAAAAGUGGCGACUGCGGCUACUACGACACCACAAGCUACGCCACAGACCCCAACUGUUCUGACAACAGAGACGGCAUCAGCUGCCGUGACUACAGCUGCUACAACACCAGAAGUAACACCGCAAACCUCUACAGUUCAUACAACAGAGGAUACAACUUUGGUGACUACAGCUGCUACAACCACACAAGUAACAGCUCAAACUACUACAGUUUCUACAACAGCGAAGGAUACAACUUUGGCGACUACAGAUUCUACGACACCACAGGUGACAACAGAAUUCACUGUACUUGCUACAAUAGAGACAACAAUGCCCCAGGCAACGACCCAGACUUCAACUGUUCUGACAACAGAGAAGGAAACAACUGUGGCGACUACAACUGCUACAACACCAAAGCCAACAACCCAAACCUCUACAGUUCCAACAUCAGAGGGGGAAACAACUGUGGUGACAAAACCCCGAAUAACAACCGGGAAAUACACAACUGUGGCGACUACAACUGCUACACCACCACAGACAACAACCCAAACCUCUACAGUUCCAACAUCAGAGAGGGAAACAACUGUGGUGACAACACCCCGAGUAACAACGGGGGCUACUGCAGUUCGUACAACAGAGAAAACAACGCUGUUGACUACAACUGCUCCAAACCCGCAAAGGGAAACAACUGUGGUGACAACAGCCCCAGUAACAACGGGGGCUACUACAGUUCCUACAACAGAGCAGAAAACAACGCUGUUGACAUCAACUGCUCCAAACCCGCAAGUAACAACUCAACCCACUACAGUAUCAACGCCAGAGAAGGAUACAACUUUGAUGACUACAGCUGUUACAACACCACGGGUAACAAUUCGAACCACUACAGUUCCAACGACAGAGAGGGAAACAACAGCGGUGACUGCAGCUGCAACGAUGCCACAAGCAAUAACCCAAUCCACUACACUCCCAACAACAAAGGAAGGUACAACUGUCGCAACUACAACUGCUACAGCACCACAACAUACAACCCGAGUGACCACUGGCCCUACAACGAGGACAGCAGCUGCUACAACAGUUCAUUCUACAUCACAGACUUCUACAGCUCCCAGGACCACAACAACAGUGAUGACAACAACCCCCGAAUUUCCACCGGUUUCUCCAUGUCGGUGAAAUUCAAAGACAAAGCAUACAGCGCUACGCUGGCAGACUGCAACUCUGAUGACUUUGUGGGAGCCAAGGAUGAAAUAGAAGCAACAAUAACAGAGGCCUUUUCUGCAAGCUCCCUUGCUGAUGAUGUGUACUCGGUGACCAUUUCUGGAUUUUCAAGCGGUAGUCUGGUGGUGAGUACGACUACCACCACCAACCCAGAAGCUGGGAUUACUGCUGAACAACUGUCCACAGCUUUGAAGUCAUCUCUUGGUGAAGACUUGGAAGUCAACGCAACUGUCAUUUCAAGAACACCAGCCACCACGCUACCAGCAUCACCAACCACAACAUUCAAGGCUACAACAGAGGAGCCGAUUACUACUGUCAAAACUACGAAAGGUGUGACAGAGGCACAGACAUCUGAAGUGCAGACGAAGACCCUGAUCCCUACCACAGAUGAAGCCGAUGUUACAUCUGGUCAGACAACCAUCCUACCGACAACAGAAGUUGAGCCUACAACUCAGGUAACAACAGAGGCAGCAACAAAGAUGGACACCACUGUUGAGCCCACAACUCUUCAGGUCACAAAAGAAACAACACACAUGACAACAGAAAUGGACACCACUGUUGCAACAACAACUCCUGAGAUUACAACAACAACCAGCACAACAGAUGCAACAACAAAGAUGGACACCACUGUUGAGCCUACAACUCUUCAGGUCACAAAAGAAACAACACACAUGACAACAGAAAUGGACACCACUGUUGCUACAGCAACUCCUGAGAUUACAACAACCAGCACUACAGAUGUAACAACAGUCAUAACAACAGAAAUGGACACAACAGUUGAGCCUACAACUCAGGACACAAAGCAAACAACUUCAUCUCCAACAACAACAACUAUUACAACAGAUGUACCACCAGAGGCAACAACACAGAUGGGUGCCACAGUUUGGCCUACAACUCUUCUGGUAACAACAGAAACAACAUCAGCACAAACAACAACCAGCACAACAGACGUAACAACAGAGCCAACAGUGAAAAUGGACACAACAGCAAAACCAACAACUCCUCUUAUGACAACAACAAAGACCUUGGCUCCAACAACAAUAACUAGCAGCACAACAGAUGUAACAACAGAACCAACAGUCAGCACUACGGAUGUUACAACAGUCAUAACAACAGAUAUGGACACAACAGUUGGGCCUACAACUCCUCAGGUCACUAGAGUUGAACCUACAACACAAGAAACAACAGCAUCGCCAACAACAACUAUUACAACAGAUAUAACAACAGAGCCAACAGUGAAAAUAGACACAACAGCCCAACCAACAACUCCUCUUAUGACGACAACAAAGACCUUGGCUCCAACAACAACAACCAGCAGUACAACAGAUGUAACAACAGAACCAACAGUCAGCGCUACGGAUGUAACAACAGUUAUGACAACGGAAAUGCACAAAACAGUUGUUCCUACAACUCUUCUGGUAACAACAGAAACAACAUCAGCCCAAACAACAACCAGUACAGCAGAUGAAACAACAAAGCCAACAACAGCGAUGUUCACGACAUUUAAGCCUACAACUCCUUUAACCACAGCAAAAAAGACUUUGGCUCCAACAACAACAAGCACAGCAGAUGUAACAACAGAGCAAACAGUUAAGACAGACACCACAGCCCAACCAACAACUUCUCUUAUUACAACAACUUUGGUUCCUACAACAUCAACAAGCACAACAGGUGUAGCUGAGCCUACAACCACUCCCACAGAAACAACAUCUUCUGCGGAGGAACAAAGCACAUUGGCACCAUCAACAAUACUGCCAACAACAAAGCUGCCAACAACAGUACUGCCAACUGAUGUAGUUACAACAUCUGCAGGAACAACCCAGACUACAACUACAGUUACAACACCAAAGGGCACAACAGUCAGCACUACUGAUGUAACAACAGAGCAAACAACUAAGAUGGUCAAAACAACAACUCCUGUAGUAACAGCAACAACAACCUCUACUUCAACAACAACUAGUACAACGGAUGUAACAACAGAGGCAACAACAAUGGUGGACAAUACUGUUGAACCUACAACUCUUCUGGUAUCAACAGAAACAACUGCAGCCCCAACAACAACUAGUACAACAGAUGUAACAACAGAGCAACUAACAACAGAAGUGGUCACUACAGUUGAACCUACAACACAGGUCACAAAAGAAACAACUUCAUCUCCAACAACAACUAUUACAACAGAUGUAACAACAGAGCGAACAACAGACGUGGCCACCACAGUUGAGCCUACAACUCAGACCACAAAAGAAACAACUUCAUCUCCAACAACUACUAUUACAACAGAUGUAACAACAGAGCAAACAACAAAGAUGGACACCACAGUUGAGCCUACAACUCAGGCCACAAAAGAAACAACUUCAUCUCCAACAACAACAACUAUUACAACAGAUGCAACAACAGAGAAGGACAUCACUGUUGCAUCAAGCACUAGCAGCAAAUCCAGCACUUCAGAACCAACCACAGAGGGCAUUGUCACAGUAAUGCCUACAACAAUACUGCCAACAACAAUACAGCCAACAACUGAAGUGCAAACAACGGAAAUGGACACCACAGCAAAACCAACAACUCCUCAGACCGCAACAGAAACAACCACAGCCUCAACAACAAUCAGAACAACAGAGGCAACAACAGAAUUGGACACCACUGUUGAGCCCACAACCCCUCGCAUCACAACAACCAGCACAACAACAGAUGUAACAACAGAGACAACAACAGAAUUGGACACCACUGUUGAGCCUACAACCCCUCGCAUCACAACAACCAGUACAACAACAGAUGUAACAACAGAGGCAACAACAGAGAUGGACACCACUGUUGAGCCUACAACUCUUCAUGUCACAACAGAAGCAACACGCAAAACAACAGAAAUGGGCACCACUGAUGCAACAACAACUACUCAAAUGACAACAACCAGUACAACAGAUGUAACAACAGAAGAAACAACAAAGAUGGACACCACUGUUGAGCCUAGAACUAUUCAGGUCACAAAAGAAACAACACACAUGACAACAGAAAUGGGCACCACUGAUGCAACAACAACUACUCAAAUAACAACAACCAGCACAACAGAUGUAACAACAGAAGACAACAACAGAGAUGGACACCACGUUGAGCCUACAACUCUUCAUGUCACAACAGAAGCAACACGCAUAACGACAGAAAUGGACACCACUGUUACAACAACAGCCAUUCCAACAACCCGCAUUACAACAGUUCCAACAACAGAGGAUACAACCCUGGUGACAACAGCUGCUACAACACCACAGGCCUCAACUGCUCUAGUAACAGAGGAUACAACUGUUCUGACUACAGCUGCUACAACUCCAAAAGUAACAACUCCUGAAACAACGAUUUCUACAACAGCAAAGGUGACAACACCGCAGGUUACAACCCAAGCAACAAGUGUUCCUACAACUACAGAGGAAUAUACAACAGAAGGUCCUUCAACAGUCAUUCCAACAACAGAAGAUGCCACAACAGAAGCAACAACUCGCGUUACUACAGUUCGAACAACAAAGGAUACAACCUUGGUGACAACAGCUGCUACAACAUCACAGACCUCAACUGUUCUGACUACAGCUGCUACAACUCCAAAAGUAACAACUCCUGAAACAACGAUUUCUACAACAGCAAAGGUGACAACGCCGCAGGUUACAACCCAAGCAACAAGUGCUCCUACGACAAUCACAGAGGAAUACACAACAGAAGACGUUACAACAGUCCUUCCUACAACAGAAGAUGCCACCACAGAAGCAACAACCCGUGUUACUACGGUUCCAACAACAGAGGCUACAACCUUGGUGACAACAGCUGCUACAACACCAAAAGUAACAACUCGUCAAACAACGAUUUCUACAACAGCAAAAGUGACAACACCGCAGAUUACAACCCAAGCAACAAGUGCUCCUACAACAAUAGAGAAAGUUACAACUGUGGUAACCUCAGCUGUGACCACACCUAAGCCGACAACCCAAACAACAACUGUUCCAACAACACCAGGGAUGACAACCCCACCAAUUACAACCCAAAUGACAACUGGCCCUACAACAGCAAGGACAACAACUGCCACUACAACUCAAACAACAAGUGCUCCGACAACAACGCAGAAAGAUACAACUUUUAUAACUACAGCUAAGACAACACCUGUAGUGACAACCCAAACAACAACUUUACCAACAACAAGGAUAACAACCCAGAAAAUUACAACCCAAAUGACAACUGAACCUACAACAGUGAGAACAACAACUGCCACCACAAUGAAAGUUACAACACCACUGGUUACAACCCAAACAACAGGUGCUCCUACCACCACACAGAAAGUUACAACCCAAGCUCCAACGACUGUAACAACUCCACAAGUUACAGCCCAAAUGACAACUACAACACCUGCCACAACAACAGUAGUCACAACACCGCAGAUUACGACACAAACUACCACAACAGUGAUGACGACAGCCCCCAAACUUUGUAACUCAGGUUGUGACGAGCAUGCAGACGCUCUGUCCAAUGGCACUUGUCUGUGUAGAAAGGGGUUUACUGGCAAUGGAACAACAUGCGAGCUCGAUUCCAGAGGUUUUUCCCAAUCUGUGAGAUUCACAGGUUUGACGUACAGCGCUACACUGGCAGACUGUACGUCUGAUGACUUUGUGGCAACGAAGGCACAACUGGAAACUACAGUGACAGAGAUCUAUUCUGACAGCUCCGUUGCUGCCCACAUGUACUCGGUGACUGUAACAGGGUUUUCGAGUGGUAGUUUGAUAGCACAACUGACUGUCACCGCUGACCCGGCAGCUGGAAUCACCUACGAUGUCCUGGAAGCCGCUUUCAUCUCUUCUGUUGGCAUCAGCCUGGAUGUCAACACAACAGAGAUAUGCUAUUCAAGCUAUUGCUCCAAUGGGGGAAACUGUCAAGUUGUCAACUCAUCAACAACUUGCGGAUGCUCAGUGUACUACACUGGCGACAAUUGUGAGACACGUGUGAUAGAUGGUCAGUAUGGCCAGUGGAGCUCCUGGAGUAACUGUCAGUCGACCUGUGGACAAGGAACACAGAUUCGUACGCGGAAGUGUGACAGCCCCCCUCCCCAGGGCAACGGUCGCUACUGCAAUGGAACGUCGGUGGAAUUACGGGAUUGUAACUUGCCAGACUGUCCAAAAGGAUAUAUUGACUGGUGCACUCCUGAAGAUGACCGUUGCUCCCAGACCUCUGGACCUGGAAACUGUUUUCUCAUAAACGGAGAUUACGACUGCUACUGUGACCAUGGCUACGAGAUGAUUCUCAGUAACAAUGACACAGAGUUCAUCAGAUGCCAGGACAUAGACGAGUGUGCGUUUGAUAUGGACCACUGUGAGCCUGACCUUGCCACGUGCACAAAUACGAUCGGAGACUACACCUGUAAGUGCAAGCCUGGCUACCAAGGAGACGGCUACGAGUGUGAAGACAUUGACGAGUGCCAGGAGCAAUCCAAGAACCGUUGUGACCCACAUGCAACUUGUGUGAACACCGAAGGCAGCUACAACUGCACCUGCAACACAGGAUACCACAGCACUUCCACACAAGGCACUGGCUUUGUAGGACAGUGUAGAGAAAACAGGUUGUUUCCCUUUGGUGAGGCCGCCAAUGACAAGCUACUAGACACCACACCAGGGAAUGGCGAGACCAUAUCUGCUCCUAUCAAAGUCCCCUAUGGACUUCCAGUUCCUGGGGGUCUCUGCAGUGACCUUUGUAGUCGUUAA